CCUCCGCUGCACUCAGACAGCUGAGUCACACAUACAUUUAGCCAGACCCACAUUAAUAGAUACUGUGCGGAAAACCGCGGCUACACGAAUUACCGUGAGGACACUGAUUCAGCUGCCUCUGACACCACGAGGAAUCAUGCUGACGAUAACACUGAAGACCCUCCAACAGCAGACGUUCAAAAUAGAGAUAGAUCCAGAACUGACGGUGAAAGCGCUAAAGGAGAAAAUAGAGAAGGACAGAGGAAAAGAUGCAUUUCCUGCUGCAGGACAAAAACUCAUCUAUGCAGGCAAAAUCUUGAAUGAUGACACUCUGCUGAAAGAGUACAAAAUCGAUGAGAAGAACUUUGUGGUGGUCAUGGUUACCAAGCCUAAACCAGCUCCUCCUCCUCAAGCAGCCCCUCAGCCAACUCCCCAACCAGCUGCAGCUCCAGCACCACCCUCAGCCUCUGGCCCAACACAAGUGCCCUCCACACCGACACAUACGGUGUCUGCACCCACACCUGCACCACAGUCAGUGCCUCCCUCUGAAACCUCGCCCACAGUCCCAGAAAACACCUCCCUGGCUUCUGUUGAAGCAACAGCAGCUCUGGACUCAAAAACUGCCCCAGCCUCAGCUUCAGCUCCUCCUCCUGCUGCUGCCCCAGCUCCAGCACCAGAAGUUGUCCAGACAGCCCCAGCCCCAGCUCCAACUCCGGUCCCCGCAGACCAACCCACCCCCACUGCCCAACCAGAAGACAAGCCAAGGGAAGAACCUGAGAAUCAACCAUCUGGCACUGCACAAGUCCACUCCACUGUUCCUAGCCUUGUUGAUGAGCUGGGCCUCCUUGAAGAAGCAGCAUCAAUACUGGUAACAGGUCCAGCCUAUGAGAACCUGGUGUCAGAGAUCAUGUCCAUGGGUUACGAGCGGGAACAGGUAGUCGCUGCACUCAGAGCCAGUUACAACAACCCAGACCGAGCAGUGGAAUAUCUACUCAUGGGUAUUCCAGCAGAGGCCAGUGAUCUGCCACCUCAGGAGCCAGUUAGACAGAGUGCUCCAUCCAACCCCCCCACCGCUGCUACACAAGAACCACGGCAGCCCCCAGCAGCUGCAACCAUCCCCUCUACAGCAGGGCCUGUGUCUGGCAGCCAGCCUCCCUCUGCUGGUGGAGGCUCUGUCUCCACAGGGAACCCUCUGGAGUUCCUGAGGAACCAGCCUCAGUUCCAGCAGAUGAGACAGAUCAUCCAGCAGAACCCGGCCCUCCUACCAGCCCUUCUGCAGCAGCUAGGCAGAGACAACCCACAGCUGCUGCAGCAAAUCACCCAGCACCAGGAGCGUUUUGUGCAGAUGCUGAAUGAGCCACGAGGUGAUGACACAGGAGGUGAGGGGGCUGAGGCCCAGGGGUCACCCCACACCAACUACAUCCAGGUCACCCCACAGGAGAAGGAGGCCAUUGAGAGGUUAAAAGCCCUGGGCUUUCCUGAAGGCUUAGUCAUCCAGGCUUACUUCGCCUGCGAGAAGAAUGAGAAUCUAGCUGCUAACUUCCUGCUACAGCAAACAUGGGAUGAUGAGUAACCAGACAUCACCUGACACAUCACCACCAUUCAACAGAGGGCCGCAGAGUAGACGACAGCCCCAUACAAGGUCCACCAGGGAGGAAUGAGGACAGGAGAGAAAGAGGACAUGUCUUUUCACGUCAUGUGACUGUGGUCUGAUGAUGGGGUGUCAUGGUGAUGAUGACGACAACAUGCUGUUCAAAGUUAGUUGUGCUGCCUACCCUCCAUUCAGCUGUGAUGAUCAUUAUAGCAGCUCAAACUGAGCUGCGCCUCACUGCUGCUAUCAUUACUGCUGCCGCUUGUGCCGAGUGAUCACACUGAGAGAAGUCAUGCCUGGAAACAUGCCAACAGUCUGCAUCACCUUCAUAGGGCUUUGAUUUACAGGGUUUCCUCUGCAGUCAGCUCUCAGACUCCCUUUAGAACAUGGGUUUGUCUUAGACUGCUGUUCACAUACAGUGUAUACACUAUGGAGUGUAAAUAUUUAGAAUAUAUACAUUACAAAAUAAUGUAUGUUUGCAAAUCCUCUGUGUUGGGUUUACCUGAAAAUGUGAUGCAAACUGUUGACUUUACUGUUUGAGAGCUAGCAUUGCUUUAUAUUAAAGUUCAGGUCUGAUCAUUUAAUUUAUUCUGCUUCUUUUAUCCUUGGUAAAAAAACAAAAACCAAUCCCAAACACUCAAAAUAUUUCAGCCUCAAAAAUAGCACAAAGUUAGGUAGUGUUUCGACCUUUCAUUAAUCAUGCAGAUCUGGUUCUGUGGUUUGAUCUAAGACAAUGACAUCUGCAAGGUGACUGAAAAAAAAUACUGCAGGAGUAUGUGAAACUUUGCCACCUACUCCUGUCAGGAAAAAGAAAAUUAUGAAAUGUUAUGGAUGGAGAGUCAAAAUGUGAAGAUAAUAAACAAAUGUAUUAGCAUUUAAGUCAAUAUUUUGUGAAUGUCUCAUAAUUUUGACUUUGCAAGUCAAAAUUUUAACUGACUGUUUGACUUACUCUCUCAAAUUUGUUUUAGUGUCAUUAUUUUGACUAAAAAUCUUGACUUGCUUUAUGUUCAUUUUGACUUAAGUCAGUAUGUUACUUUAAGAUGAACAGAUUAAUUAGUGUCAGAUGAUACUUACUGGAUCUUUUUUUGACUUACCAUGAAUAAGUCAACAUAAAACAUUUGACAUACAGCAACAAUUUUUACUCAGUAUCUUUUUAUGACUUUGAUUUUUUAAGUAUUUUUAUUUCAGUAUCUUGACUCACCAUAAGAAUAUAUAUUUAUUUUUAUUAUUCUCAACUUUAUUUCAUUUUAUUUGUGGCAGAAAUAGGCUUCCCAAAAACUAAUACAUUCAGCGUUUGGUGAAAACUGUCACAAAACCCUGCACUCUAUUUUAAAUACACAAUGAAUUAGUUCUGCAGUCACAGUACAUUAUGACUACUUGGUAUCAAGACUAUGUGUGCUGUGAUAUUCUAUUUUUUGGGACAAGAGGGCACACCCAGAUGCAGCACUCAGCUUGAACUGUCAUCAUCUUCUUUCACUGUGAAGGGUUUGUUUGUUUGUUUAGUUAUUUUGCAGAAGAAGGAAUAUGAAGGCUGAUUAUGAAGUGCCACAUAGCAUGCUUUGUGAGCUAAAUAUUUGACUUUUUAAUUGUAAGAAAAGUUGUGUUCUUUCUUAAUAUUUCAUUCGUGGGAAUGAUCAAACAUAGUCCACUUCCUACUUUCAGACAAUCUUUUUCUGUUGCAUUUGUCUCAUAUCACAUCUUCUAUGCAUCUCAAAGCUGUAAGAGUUUGAGCCAUUGCUCCUUCAUGCCUUAUGGUUCUCAAAGACUUGAACGUUUUUAAUUUUACAAAUGGGGUUAUAGUUUACAAAAUAGUGUUUAAGAUCUUUCACAGGUGAGUGUCCUAGGAUUGGCGAUCAUCAACACAGUUUUAAUUAUUGAUACAUAAAUUAAUUAAUUAUUGAUAAUUAAUCAGUUAUUGUUUCAAAGGUGGACUAAAGGGAAUUUGAAUAAGUGCUAGAAGCCAAAACAAAGAAAAAUAUUUUUUCAGCAUGUUCUUUGCUGUCUCGCCUUUUACUUCUCUUUAUUGUGUUUGAGCUGGAAAUGACUGGAAGUUUUGUAUAUUAUUAUUAGAAAUGGGGUAUACAAACUUUGGGGGGAAAAAAGGCACUUUAGUGUGACAAAUGCUGUUCUUUAGCUGUGACGGGUUGUUGGUUGCAUGAGAUUGUUACAGAGUUAUUUAUAGCAUGGCAGUGGGCUAGGAAUGAAGAAACCACCAGUGUGGUGUCACUCUGGUCUCAGUUUGUCUGUUUGUUUUUUGGGUUUAUAAAAAAAAAUACUUCCAACUUUAAAUAUACCAGUUGAGGUUUUGCUGAAUAGUUGUGAAAAACUUUUGUUAAAGCAUUGUGUAAAAUAAAUGGCUUUUACAAAGUG